AUGAGUUUGCGUCAAGCAGCUGUCAAAGCCAGUCGAGCUCGCUUUGCAAGCCAGUUCCCAUGGACAACUUCGCCUGCAACCAUCGGCGCACCAAUGCGCAUUAUGUCAGGACCGCAACUCGCUCUAGAAAUCUCAAAAGCUGGAGGGUUGGGCUUCAUUGGUCCUGGAGCAAAGCCCGAAGACACAUCCAAGGACCUAGCUACUGUGCAGGAGUUGCUACGCAAUUCGCCUCCCAAAAUACUGCCAUCCGCUUUUCCCUCCGAUCAUCUCCCAGUUGGUGUGGGCUUUCAGCUUUGGAAUGGGGAUUUGAAGUCAGCUGUCCAAGCUGUCCAAGAACACAAGCCUUGCGCAGCGUGGCUCUUUGCGCCACGUCGAGGUCAAGAGGAGCUGGAUGAGUGGACGGUCCAGAUACGGGAAGCUCUCCCUGAUAUCCAAGUCUGGAUUCAGAUUGGUACCGUACAGGAGAGUGUCCAAGUCGCCAUGAGUGAUCAUCGCCCCGAUGCUCUUAUUAUCCAAGGUGCUGAAGCAGGUGGCCAUGGUCGAGCCACUGACGGCCUGGGUUUAAUGGCCCUGUUCCCUGAAAUCGCAGACCAGUGUCAAGACUUUGACAUGGCUAUGUUCGCGGCAGGAGGCAUUGCAGACGGUCGUGGAGUCGCAGCGGCACUCUCACUCGGAGCCACUGGCGCAGUAAUGGGCACCCGCUUCCUAGCAGCCACGGAAGCGCGCAUCAGUAAAGGCUACCAGCAAGAAGUCGUACGAGCCACAGACGGAGCGCGAUGCACUACUCGAACCAUGCUCUACAAUCAUCUUCGCGGCACGAUGGGUUGGCCGGAGCAGUACAGCCCGCGUGGGAUCGUCAACCAGAGCUUCCACGAUCACCAAGCUGGUGUUGAAUUUGAGGAGCUGAAGAAGCGACACGACGAAGCUGUCAAGUCUGGCGAUAAGGGCUGGGGACCAAAGGGGAGACUAGCUACGUAUGCGGGUGCGGCUGUUGGGCUUAUACAUGAUGUACAGGAUGCUGGUGUGAUCGUGAGGCGUGUGCAAAGUGAAGCCAAAGAGAUCAUGGCAGAAUCGGCAAGGGAUUCUAUGUAG